AGCCCUUUCAAUGUCGUUUCUCUACGGAUCCUAGCACUCGCCGUAUUCAAAGCGCUGCAGCCGCGUCGGGCGGUCGUCUGCAGACUAUGAGUCUAAUGCCGUACACAGUUGGGAUUCGGUAGUGUUGUGUAAAGUUUAUCGCCAUGGUUGUAUGCGACAAGUGGGUCGCGCUCAAGAUAGUCGAAUUCUUGUUCUGCGUGGCGUGCUUGGUGGCGCGGCGGGUCUCGCAGGAUGACGAGGCCCGGCUGGCGCUGCUUCUCCAGAAGCUGUCCCGGGAGUGGUCGCUGCUUACUUCAGUCACGUGGGACUCGGUCGGGGGAGCAUUCGCUGAUGCUAUUUACGGAGGCUACAUGAUAAUCACGUUCGGACUGAUGCUGGGCAGGGUACUCCAGGAGCUACCGAAGGGCCGGAGACUAUUGGAAGGGUUUUUUCUCGGACUCGGAAUGCUAUUCUUCCUUGUUCUUGGUGGCUUGGAGUUAGCGUCUCUGGAUUCAGUUCCGAGUAACCUCAUUGUCAAUGCAUCAGUACUAGGAAGUCUGUCAUUAUUUGUCGCAGCAUUAUUCCUCGUAGACCUUAUGGGUCCGAGGUCGUAUACUGCUACAAAUCACUCCCAGACCGACCCUAUAUCGUCCCCUAAAGUUGAGAAGAAGGUUUCUAUAGCUGCCCCAAUAAACGGGCAACUAACCAGCGAGAAGUCGAACGGGUUCGUCUCGGCCGAAAGACCGAAAGAUCUCGAUUUGGAAAUGAACAGACUGGAAAAAGAUAAAAAAGAAGAGACUAAAUUCUUUGACGAAACGAAACUUGCCUUGACGAAAUUAGAUCAAAUGGAAAAAGACGCUCUCGAAAAAUCAAAGUUUGGCUCAUUGAGGAACGGAUUCGGAAUGGAGAACUACGUCCGGCUUUCGGAUCCAAUGCCUGAGCCUGACCGACUGCACUACGAGAAGGAGCUGGCAAAGUUCAACGACCGAUAUUUCAGGGAAUAUUUAGACAAUUUUUCAGGGAAAUUGUCAGUUAGAGAGAACUAUCUACCCGAACCGCAAACCCCUGUUUUUGCUAAACUGAAGCCCGGACGCCCAAAGAACCUAUUCGACGACGAAUCCUCAAGUAACGAUCAAAGGGAGCGCUCAAAAUCGCCAUCUAAAGCUAAGACAGUUAGCACGCCGACCUUACAGCAACUUGAAGACUACUUGCGAGGAUCGUCGAGGUCACGGAGGGCUGAUACGCCGGCGAUAUUCCCCAUGGAGCCCAUCGAGGAAAAGGAGCCAACAGACGCCGAGGGAAGGGCUUCAGGAACACCCACAGAUCCUGGCUACGUGCAAUACACGGCGAAGAGAUGGCCGGAAAGUAAGCAUUUACGGACGCCAAGACACAGUCCAACAUGACCUUUAUAGGGUUCGACGAUUUUUGAAUAUCCACCUGUGUUUGACAACUUUGUUUGUACUUGAAUCUGUUGUGGCGAUAGUUUUAACUGUUUAGUAACAGUCAUUACUGUACGAAUGGUAAUAAAUGUGAAAAUGUGUAAUGAUACCAAAACUUGAUUUCGUUGUAUGUUUAUUGUGUAUUGCAGAUUAUAACGUGAAAGUUUAUUAUAAUAUUAACUAUAAAUAUGUAUAUCGAACGAUACUAGGAAUGUAAAUGUAUUUAAAUAUAGACUAUAUCAUCAUUUUCUUUCCAUUUUAAUGCAUAAAGAUCGUAUAUUAAGCUAAGUUAUUGUCUUCUCAAGAAGUAAAAAUAAACUGUAAUCUUUGUUCUUUACACACGUAUUAUUAAAAUGAAUUCCGCAAAUCGUAUUUUUUAAUU